UCUUACUUCCUGAGUUCCAAAGUUCAUACUUUGCACGGCAUUGGGAGAACUGAAACGUGAUUCUCUUAAUACAGUGGCUACAUGUCCCUAGAGUAUGUCAUUGAUGGAAAAUUCUCGGUGAAAUCCGAUGUAUUUAGCUUUGGCGUGCUUUUGUUAGAGAUAGUGAGUGGGAAAAGGAACAGAGGAUUCUGCCAUCCAAGUCACCACCACAACCUUCUUCGACAUGCAUGGUUGCUGUGGAAUGAAGGCAAGGCCUUGGAACUUAUGGAUGAUUCUUUACCCGACUCCUACAUUGAAUUUCAAGGAGAGAGAUCUAUACAUGUGGGUUUGUUGUGUGUCCAGAAAUUUCCUGGAGACAGGCCAACAAUGUCUUCUGUUGUUUUCAUGCUGACUAAUCAGGAAGCAAUCUUGCCACAGCCUAAACAGCCUGGUUUCUUUAUGGAAAGAAGUCCGACCAACUCAGGUAGGACUUCACCGAGAGAACUCUAUACAUGUAAUCUCGUGAUGGUAACAAUGCCAGAAGGUCGAUAGACACACUAUUGAUUCGGCAUUUUUGUUCAUCUCCUGGAAUUCCUUUUUAAGUAGCUUAUCAA